AGAGACAUCAGCCUCUAAAAAAGGCCACGUAAAUCCAGCUCUCUCCACACUCGACUGUCCUUAUGGGUCCUGGCUGUUUUUCGUGUGACUCAUGUUCUUCUCUUCACGUAGCAUUUGGGCUUGGAUUUGGAGUGAAACAUUUUGGCUCCCAGAAAAUGUUUCAUGGGCAGACUUGGAGCAUCCUCCGCCCGGCGUGGAGUACCCUCGGGUGGAACACAUAGCGUGCGCCCUACCUCUGGCUCUCGCAAUGUUUCUAUUGAGGAUCUUUUUUGAAAGGUUCCUGGCCAAACCAUGUGCCCGCAUUCUUCAUAUUCACGCUGGAGUAUGCCGUCAAGCUCAGCCCAAUGCCAUCCUGGAGAGGGUUUAUUUAUCCAAAACGUAUCCGGACACGAGGGAACUGGAGAAACUAUCCAAGCAGAUGGACUGGGAUAUAAUGAAGAUACAGAGGUGGUUUCGCAAGCGUCGGAAUCAAGACAAGCCCAGUACUGAGAAGAAGUUCUGUGAAAGCAUGUGGCGAUUUACGUUUUACCUGCUGAUUUUCAUCUUUUCUUUAUCUCAUUUAUUGGUGUCACCGUGGAUGUGGGACCUCAAACAGUGCUGGUUCAACUAUCCCUUUCAGCCUCUGACUUCUGGGCAGUUCUACCAUUAUAUAGUUGAACUGGCUUUCUAUUGGUCUCUCAUGUUUUCCCAGUUCACUGACAUCAAACGCAAGGAUUUCAGUGUCAUGCUUGUCCACCACGUCGCCACCAUCAUCCUCAUCACCUUCUCCUACACCAACAACAUGCUCAGAGCAGGAACUUUGGUCAUGUGUGUGCACGAUGUUUCAGACAUCUUCCUCGAGGCUGGCAAACUGGCUAACUACGCCAAGUACCAGAGGCUAUGUGAUGGCCUGUUUGUGAUGUUCAGCGUAACAUUUUUCCUCACUCGACUCAUCAUCUAUCCCUUCUGGAUUGUUCACAGCGUUUUGUUUGAAAGUUGGAGGAUAAUUGGCCCGUACCGUUCCUGGUGGCUCUUCAGCGGGCUGCUGUUGGUCCUGCAAGCUCUUCACAUCAUCUGGUUCUAUGUCAUUGCUGGCAUUGCUGUCAAAGCUAUUUCCAGAGGAAAGGUGUCAAAGGAUGACCGCAGUGAUGUCGAGAGCAGCUCAGAUACAAGCUGACUGAAGUAAAACCUUCAACAAUAUCAAUAAAAUCAAAGGACAACAACGACACCAGUGACCUCAAAGGAUCAUUUUGAUGUUUGAGCCCAAAAUAUGGAAGUAUGAAACACCUCACGUUUUUGGGAACAUUUUCUAAACUUUACAAC